AUUGUAUAGUACAUGAUCGAAUGCAGAUCACAUAAUCGAUUGUACGCGAAUGGUCAUUCAAACGCAAUGACUUUGAGUUCAAUGUGUGAUUAAACAAAUAAAUUAUAUGAUACUAUAUACAACAUUUGUGUGACAAGUAAAGUGUUGUGAUGUAAUUCUCAUUAAAGGUCCAAUGAUAUUAUUUUCUAUUUAUGCCUGAUAGAAGGACAACGAGUUAUGUAUCUUUGAGUUCAUCAAAUUAUCGUCAAUUGAUUUUUUGUUUUUAAUUUAAAAUAUUAUUAACAGGCUAUCUAACUUUUUUCGUCAAAUCUAACAAUCUCAUAAUGGAAAUAAUGAAAAACACAUAUUUCCUAUGCUGAUUUUGACAAUAAUUAUCUACCUGACUUCAUAACUUUUAGCUAGAUUUUUUUUUAAAUAGAUAUUUCUUCUCAAUACUUUGAUGCAAUAGCAUGAAAAUUUCCACUUCCAAUCAGAUCUUUAGACACGCAAACUGAAAUCUAAUUAUACGCGUUUCUAUCAAUCACACUUUAGAAAAAAAUCUAAAUGAACAAUUUUAAAGGAAAAAAAAAUCUUGGAUCACAAUCUAGUUUAACUAGUCUAGCAGACUUGUAUGGCAUGCACACACGUUCUAUAAGGUCCACAAUGUGAAUAAUAUGCCACCUAUUUCACGUGCAUACAGAACUUUAAUUCUCAUUCUUUCCAUCACAUUGCAAUUAGAUUAUAGCACUUUUGGAACGGUCAAAUAAAAAUCCCUUUUUUUUGAAAUGGUUUCAUUCAUUAUUGACAAUAAUUUGAAUUUGCGUACUUUUCCAGUUGUGUUUUAAUGAAUAGAAUAGAAGAAAAUAAUGCUAAGUAAAAGAUAUUGAUUGUUUGUGUGAUGUAUCGGCAUCGGUAGCCUUAACACUAAAAUUUACGGGAACAUGUAUUUACACCUUCAAUUCUUUGCUCUCCAAUUAUACGGUAAAAUUUGUUUCACUUUCUGCUUCUGCCAAACCACUUUCACACGGAUUGAAAAUAUCAGACUGCACCAGCACUCAGUAUAUUUUUGAAGUACAAUACGAUGUUAAAAAAUUUUUUUUUUGCGUAAGAUAGAAUACUAGCACUCCUGUGUGUAAAUCACGCUCAUACACAUAUACGUGCAUACAGUGAACACGGAAUGUCAACAGGGUUGUUGCUGUCAUCACAUUCCGUGCGUUCGAAAAAAAUGAGUACAUGGAGAUUAUAUGUUGGUAAAAAAUCGGUUUGACAAGACGAAAUGAGGAAAAUUUUUUUUUUACCAGAAUGAUUCCAAUUUUUUAUAUGUUUCGCUUUAUUAUUACAACUGUCACUCAAUUUUUUGACAUUUAAAAUACAUGUGUUUAUUCAUAACGCAUGUAGAACAGUUUCGUUCCCCAUCGCCAGAAAAUUUACUCUUUUUUUUUGUUAAAUUUAAUCAAUACUGGGAUUAAAAAUGCCACAAAAAGACUAUAUCGGGAAGAAGAAUAAAUUACCAAAAGUCGUGAAGAGCAAACCAGCUGAUAAUCUAUUGAAAGAUGAAGUGGAAUCAGAUAACUCUGUUGAACAGUUGUCCAAAGAUACAACAACAGAAAAGUUUUCGUUGUAUGUUCGAGGUGCGGCAUGGAUAAAAGACCGAGAUAAUGCACCAAACCGUCUGAAGGAAAUCUGCUCAAAGAUCCAAGAUGUUCGGCAUCCACGACAAAAGGGUGCUGAUUAUUGUUUUAUUGACUUUGCAUCGGCAGCAGAUCGUGACACAUCCUACGAAGAGCUGAAGAAUAAUUCCGAAGUUAAUGUGAAACAUGUCACAAAAGAUCAGCCUAAUUUGUUGGAGAAACGGAAGAAAAAGGUAUCCGAAAAACGUGAAGCCAGAAAAGAGGCGCGCAGAUUGCUUGCAAAAAUUAAGAAGAAUGAAAAACUAAAUGAAAAAUCGAUGGAAAAAACAAACGAGAUAAUCAUUACAAAUUUGCCCGUACAAACCACCGCUACUGAACUGAAACAGCAUUUUACCAACGCAGUGAAAAUCAACAUGAAGUUGAGAAAAAAGGCUAAAAAGAUCAAUUCAACCAUUAUUACCUUUUGCAGUCCCUACGACGCGUUUACCGCAUCAAAACAAGAGGUAAUAUUGCAUGAACAAAAGCUGAACAUAGUGCUGAAUACGAAUGCUGCAUACAAAAAAGAAAUGAAAAAUAAACGCAAGCAGCCCAUAAAAAAGGUGAACGGAGAGCCGAAUCAAAAGUCAUCGAAGGUUGUAGCUAAUUAAAAUACAAACUCGUCAUUUUCUGAAUGAUUAUUUCAAUGUAUUUUCACAUUUCAAUUGAUACAAUAAACGUUUAGCCUGUAAUUGAUCUUAA